AUGUCACAAGAUAAAAGGGGUCCCAACAGGGGUAGAGGUGGUUUGAAUCAAAGAGGAAGGUCAGGUUAUCUUUUGCCAUUUCCCAAUUACUCUGAAGCUGGGUUUAAUUCAGGAUUUCAACGAGAACCACCUUCACCUCCUCCUCCAUAUCAUCCUCCAUACCACCCUCCUCCAUCUCAACCUCCUCCCUAUCAACAGUCAUUUCCUACACAAACUCAUUUUCCCCCUCAACCUCCUUUCCCCACUCAACCUGCGUUACCAUCACAGUUUUACCCAACUAAUCAACCAACAGCUCAGGCUCCAGGUGCUUCUUAUAUAACAGUUGCGGUAACACAGAUGCCAGCCAACCACUUCCCCACACAAGAGGCACCACAAAGCCACUUUGGCAGACAACAGCCACCAUCAACUUACUUUCCUAGAGAAGAGCCACCUCAAGACAGAUAUAUGCAGCCUCCGGCCAGCUAUCACCAGUCUGAAAUACGUGGCGGUGACCCAGCUCAGCAUAAUCCUGACUACAGUAGACCAAAUCCACGAGAACGCCACCCCAGUUCUGGCAGAUAUGCGGAUGAUCAUCAAUCGAAACCCAGAUAUCACCCUGGCAGUAGAGGAAAACCCCCAAGAAAUGACCACUAUGAUGAUCGCUGGGAUAAUUCAAACACUGAGCGUAAUGACCGUCAGCAAAAUCAGCCUCAUUUUAGAAGUAAUGAUUUCAAAAGUCAGCCACAAAAUGAACCUUGUUAUCAAAAGUCUGGCCGCCCACAAAAUGAGCCUGAUAAUUCAAGGCCAGGAUACGUUUAUCACCCACAAAAUCGGUCACAACCACUUCACACCAGUGAACAAAAUAGACCCUCUCAUUUUGGAAAUGAAAGAAACCCUGGCAGACAGUAUGGGAAUAGAAGCGUACCUCCCGAUAAAGUGACAUCUCCUCCACCUCUUUUUCAGCAACAUGCUCCUGGCAGAAACAGAGACAGAGGUGAUAAACAGUCAAAGUUUAGCCAAGAAAAUAAGGAAACUGGAGAAGGUAGACCAAGAAAGAAAUCACAGGAGAGAAAUUAUCCAGCUUACAGAUCCAGAUUAAAUUCUUCGGACAGUAAUUAUAGCGAUCGGAGUGAAAGUCGAGCUAAUUACCAAGGUCGAAACAAAUAUCACCAGGAGAAACCUUUGCCAGGGUCAGUUGAUAGAAAUGUUCCUCCAUCAAAGCAUGAUUCGGAUGUGUUGAAUAGUGUGCAGGGCAACAUUUCAAAAGAGAAACACUACCAUGAUAAGAAAGCUAGAGGGACUGUGAACAAACCUAAUCAGGAUAAAGUUUCAGAUCACAGAGAUUCAGCAAGAAAUGAAAAUACAGAACAAGGUUUCAAGAGGGAUAAAGGAGUGGAACGAGCUUUCAAGGGCAAAGUAACAGCCAAAACUUCACCUGAAAGAAAGACGACAUCUGAUGCAUCAUCUCAAGAAAGUGAAGAAAGUACAAGUGAAGUGUUAGGAGACACAAAAGAUGCUAAAGGUCAGAAGAAAACAAGGAAUAGGUAUCGUAAGCAAAAAGUGUUUAUGGAAAAAAAUAAGAGCAAGUUUCAAAGCAUGCCUGAUCUUAACUUAAAAGAUUCUAGGAGGUGCUCAGUACAGGAAACUGAAAGUCAUUAUGCGGAGGAAUCAAAAGCUGAUAAUGAGGCAACAGCAAAUAAUUUAAAGAAAAAAUGGAAUCACAAGAAAAAAAGACCUGUCAAAAACCCUAAACAGAGUGACACUGAAACCGGUAAGGAAAAUGCAGAGGUGGUAUCUGUACCUCGUGUUACAAAAGCUAGCAUACAAAUAGGGAAAUGUUUUGAGGAUAUUGCCAGUUUUAAAGAAGUUAUAAGCCAAAACAUAGAGCUGUCAGCAGGUAAUUCUUCCCUGGAAUUUGUAGAGGGUUCUGUGAUAUGCAGUGAGAGACAAGGUCUAGGCACAAUUUUGGUUACAGCCUCCAGCAAACAGUUGAGCAAACGUCUGGUUAAAGGUCUUUGCGCAAAACUGAGAAAAGAAUUGAAAGUGAAUGUUGAAUACGACAUUUGUGGAGUUGAAGAGAACAAGCAGGUCAAAGAGGACAAUUCUCCUGCCAAAGGAAAGCACCAUAAUAAAAGCUUUUUAAAGACCAAUGAUUUCACACGCAGGAGCAUGCGAAAGAAAGUUACAGAAAUAUUUGAAAAAUCAAGCUUAGGGGAUGAAAAGCAAAAGACCACGGGAAAUAAAAAGAUAGAUCCUUCAAAAGCUAAGGUUGGAGAAGAACUUUUAGCAGAAACCAAAGCUGAAAGAAACAAGUCUAAUGAUGAUACAUGGGAAGAUCCAACUAAAAUCUCAGUUUCUAUUAACAGAAUCUUUCCCAGAAAAGAAGAUGUUUUUGGCUUAGUCUCAAGUAUUGUUGAGGACAAAACUAUAUGUAUUAGGUUAGUACCAAAUUCAGUUAGUAUGGCAAAAACACAGACCCUUUGUGAUUUUGAGGUUUCCAGAAAAGAAAAUAUCAGACUAAUCAUUGAAAAGCUUCAGGCAUUUGAGUUUAAUGGUGUUAAAGUGCGUUGUUUUGUUGUGGCUGAUGGAAAAUCAGUUGGUAAAGAUAGUAGUUAUAAGGGUGAAAACAUGCAAGAACAGAUUAAGGAGAGCAUUGAGAAAAUCAGGAAAAAAACACAGACAGUUCUGGAUUUGCAUGAAACAAAGAUAGAGUUGCUCGAUAAUGCUUUGAAAGUCAUGGAAUCAUCAGUUUACAAUGAAGAAGACAGUGAUAAUUUUGAUGAAGACAAUAAUUAUGAACAAGCAGCAUUUUAUGAUAAACUGAAGGAAGUCACGAGGCAAAGAGAGAUGUUUUGUUUAAGAAGAGAUCAGUUGAUAGAAAGUGUGAGUAAACUGGAGCCCCUAACAGUAACAAUCAAAACUCUGACAGACUUGCUUCAGAGUGUCGGGGUAGAGUGUGAGCGGCUGAAAGCAGCCCUUCCUAUUUACGCAAGAAGGGAUGAUAUUGUCAAGCAGGUGUCCCAGAACCAGGUGUCGAUCAUUCUUGGGGAGACGGGUUCUGGGAAGAGCACACAAAUGGCCCAGUACAUCUAUGAAGCUGGUCUUGCCGGCCAGGGGCUGAUCGUGUGUACCCAGCCACGAAAAGUUGCAGCAGUUACUUUAGCAGAACGUGUUGCUAAAGAAAUGGCUGAUAGGGUUGGCAACCUGGUUGGUUACAAGACUGGAAUGAAGAAGAACAUAACAAAGGAUAAAACAAAAAUUGUUUUUGCAACUGAUCAUUGCCUCCUGAAUGAAUGUUUGGCAGAUCCGACAUUGUCACAGUACACUUGCAUCAUAGUUGAUGAGGCUCACGAGAGAAGCAUAUACACAGACCUCUUGCUGGGAAUGAUAAAGGCCUGUCUGUCAAACAGACCUGACCUUAAAGUGAUCAUAACCUCAGCUACCAUUGAUCCAGACAUCUUUAUAAGAUAUUUCAGCAGUGGCCCAGAACUGCGUGUCUCUGGAAGGACAUUUCCUGUGGAGGUGAUUUACUCCAAACCGGAUGAUUCUCCAGAAUUUGAAAACUUUGAAAUGAAAGCUGUUGCAAAAGCAUUGGAGAUCCACAAAAAUGAAGAUCCAGGAGAUAUUCUUGUCUUCUUGACAUCACCUGUGGAAAUCACACGCUGCUGUGAGGAAUUUGAGAAAUGUAUGACAGGGAGACAAGAUUUUAAAUGUUUUCCGCUCCAUGGUCAGCUGUCUCCAGAUGAGCAGAGGAAAGUUUUUCAGCAACUGAACAAAGGAAUAAGAAAAAUUGUGUUUGCUACAAACUGUGCAGAAACCUCAAUUACAAUAGAUGGAAUUAAAUAUGUAAUUGACACUGGUGUUGCUAAAGAAAUGCGAUAUGAUGGCAAGAAGAAUAUCUGCUCGCUUGGGACAUUUGUGAUCAGCAAAAGUUCAGCAGAUCAAAGAAAAGGGCGUGCUGGGCGUACAGCAAGUGGGAAAUGCUAUCGUCUGUUUUCUGAGGAGGGAUACAAGAAUAUGGAGGUUUCAUCGCAACCUGAAAUUCUAAGAGUUCCGUUAGGUCAGAGUGUGCUGAAGCUGGCAGAACUUGGGGUUGAUGUUAAAAAGUAUGACUUUGUUGAGGCUCCCAGUGUGGAGGCAAUAGAAUCAGCCCUGAGCAAUCUCAGAGAUUUGGGAGCUAUUUCUUCAGAAGGCAUCACAGAUGUGGGCCGUUGGAUAUCCAAGCUGCCAUUGUCUCCAAAGGAGGGGUUUCUUGUGUAUCAUGGCAACCAGAAAGGUUUGCUUUAUGAUUCAGUGGUUCUGGCCUCUCUCAUUGCAAAUGGGUCAAAUCUGUUUUACAGAGGUAUGACUGAGUCUGAGGUGCAGAUAUCAGCUAAAAGUAAAAGCCUGUUUGGUUCCAUCUAUGGGGAUGUCUUUACCUGGCUAGAAGUGUUUAAGGUCUGGAUUACAAUUCCCCCAAAGGAACAACCCAUGUGGUGCAAGAAGAAUGGAAUAAAUUACAAAGCAAUUAAUUUUGCCAGGCAGUUUGUGAAAGAAGUGUCUUCAGUUUUGAAAAAUGAACUGGGGGUGACACUGGAAAACAGCUUCAGUUCUGAUGAAUCUGCUGCAGUCUUACUACGGAAAAUUCUCUUUGAUGCAAAUGUGGCAUCGGUUUGUCACUAUCUAGGUCAUGUGAGAGCAGGGUAUUAUGCCCUGGUAGCAGAGAGACAGGUGCACCUUCAUCCAUCAUCCACAUUGUUGUCCAGCAACUCACAACCAGAGUGGAUUGUGUAUACUGAGUUUACAAAAACAUCCAGGGAUUUCAUCAAGGGCAUCACUGUUGUUGAAGAAGAUUGGGUGAUGGAAGCUGCCAAAGAAGGCAGACUAAAGGUUGACAUCAACUGGGUCAAAAGUCUGAAGUCUGUGUUGGUUCACAGAGAAAUGGUUGGACCAUCUGUUUUCAGAAAACUUGUUGGUGCCAGAUACUCCCAGCUGAGAGUCUGGGAAGAUGAACUGGCAACUGCUGGCAUGAAAGCAGUGGUUGUAGAAGCAGACUACGAUCUCGGAACAAUAGAAAUCUUUUCAACAUCACCCAUGGUGCAGGAUACCAUUGACAGUUUUGCCACAACAAAACAGGAAACAAUUAGGGCCUUGCAGCUGGAAGAAACUGAGAUUUCUAUCUUGGAGAAACGGGGGACAGAACCCAGUGGAGCUAGAGUUUUGAUUGGGGAAGGAGGUUGUGUCAAGACCUUGCUCUUGCCAGAUCAAAGCAAUGCAGUUCUUAUUAAAAAAGCAGCUCAUUCUACCACUGAGGAGGAGAUAAGAGUCAAGUUCAGAGCUUUUGGAGAAAUAAAAGAAUGUGUGAGGUUUAAACGAACAGAUCCCUGGGGAUUUGUCAGGUACAGUUCAUUUGCCGAGGCACAGGCUGCAGUAGAUGGCACUCGAAAAGAUGAAGAAAAUUGUGCAGUUCUGAAAAUUGAUAAACAUUUCAAAAAAAUGGUGAGCAGGUUUGAAGCCAGGUUGUCCUGGUGUCGAAGACCUAUAAAAGCAUCAGGCACUGCUUUUAUUAAGUGUCCACCAAUUGAGAAAGCUAGCCUUGUUGGACGGCGCAUAUAUCUGCCUAGUGGAUCCUGCGAGCUUCAAGUAUCUAGAAGAGGGGAUGAGCUGGUUUGUUUUAAGACAGGCCAAGCACAGGAGAUGGAAAUCAAGAAAAGAAUAAUAGAAAUCUUGGAUUAUGAUGAGAGCCUAAAUCAGAACAUCCAAGUCAGUGUUCUGAGAGAGAAGGUUGAACCUCAGUCACAGGGGGAUAUCAACACAAUCAAAGAAUCUCUAGCACAGUCUUUUUCAAAAUAUGCUAGGGACAAAUUCAACAUAAAUAUAUUGCCAGCAAAAGGCAAUGCAAUCAAUCAGGUUGCGUUUAUUCAUUUUGAAAAUCCCACAGAUGGGUUCCAAGCUUGUAGCUGGCUCAAGGGAUUACUGGAUGUCGCGGGCCAGUCAGUUGAAAUCAGCCCAAGUCUGAAGACAACAUUACAUGUCUCCAAAGCCAUCAUGAAUGUUUGCAAAAAUCGUUUUGAUGAAAUAAUUAAAGGGCUGGAGGAAUUCAAGCAAACAAAUGUACAUAUCCGCCCACUGAAGCAAGGCGACUUUGCUUUUGACAUCAAAUCGGAGAAUGUGAAGAGUAUGGUGGAGGCAAGGGAGUUGCUACAGAGGGAACUUGAGGGUGAGGUUAUCGACUGUACAGCAAAUAAUCUUGUGAGGAAGUUUCUCAAGCAACAAGGCAAGGAAGCUCUAAAAAAAAUUGAAAGUAUGCUUGAUGUGUUGAUUGUGGUCAAUGAGCGCAGAGAGCAGAUCCAUAUUUACGGCUCUGUAGCCAAAGUUAACGAGACACAGGUUGAGAUCAACAGGUAUUUGAGCAAGCUCGCUGAAGGCAAACAGGUGGAUGUCUUUUUGAAAGGCCCGAAUAAACCAGCUGGUUUGAUGAAAGAGGUCAUCAAGAAAUAUGGCAGCUUGCAAGAUGAUCUUGUCCAGCAGUUUUCUCUCACUGACGUGGUCAUAGAUUUCAGACAGCAGAAGUUGUCGAUCUUUGGGCCAGUGGAAUGUGUGGACAACGCAGUUCACAGUAUUUCUGAACUGGCAGAAUCACUUUCUCGGCCAGGUGUUGAACGUCUGGAGAAGGAGUUGCCAGAUUGUGUUGUCUGUAUGUGCCCAGUUGAACAUAAAUCAGAACUGUAUCGGCUUGAAGCGUGUGGUCACAGUUACUGCCUCUCUUGUCUGAAGCUGCAGAUAACAGUCUCUGUGCAAGAUAAGACUUUCCCUAUCAUCUGCUCUGAAGAGCACUGUGGAAAACCUCUAGUUUGGAAAGACCUAUGUUUCUGUAUUAAGAAACAGUGGACAUCAGAACAGAAACUAAUGGAUAAGUCUGUAAAUGCAUUUGUGGCUUCAAAUCCAAAGAAAUACAAAUUCUGUUUAACCCCAGAAUGUCCUGUAAUUUAUGAGGUGACCACAGACGAGGCAGGCUGUGAAUUUAACUGUCCUUCCUGUCUUGUGAGCUUGUGCACAUCCUGUCACACAGCAUACCAUGCCGGACUUACCUGUCGCAUGUCUACCAUUGAAGAGGAAGCAGCAAGACAGUUAAAACAAUGGGUUCAAGGAAAUCCUAGCCAACGAAAAUGGUGUCCAAAGUGUAAGAUUGGGGUGGAGAAGACUGAGGGCUGCAAUAGAAUGAACUGCACCUCAUGUCGUACAUGCUUCUGCUGGGUGUGUUUAGCAAUUGUUGCUGAUGAACAGGAAUGUUAUAGACAUCUUAUGAAAGAGCAUGGAGGGUUCUAUUAA